AUGGUCCGGAGAAAUUCCGAGAACAAUGACAGAAGGACGGAGCAGUUUCGCAAGCUGUUCAUCGGUGGUCUUACUCCGCAGACCACGGAAACAAUGCUGAAGGACUUCUACUCCCAAUGGGGGGAAAUUGUAGACGUAGUCGUUAUGAAAGACAGUGUUUCGCAUCGAUCGCGGGGCUUCGGCUUCAUCACCUACAAAGAGCCGGAAAUGGUUGACGCUGCUCAAGCGAAUCGUCCACAUGAGAUUGAUGGUAAGACUGUGGAGGCCAAGCGCGCAAUGCCUCGGGAAGAUUCGCAGACUCCGGAGUCGCACAUGACCGUAAAGAAGCUUUUUGUCGGCGCGCUAAAGAAGGACGUGACGCAGGAUGAACUCCGAGAUUACUUCAGUAAAUACGGGAAUAUAGUAGACUGUGAGAUAGUCACUUGGAAAGAAACUGGUGAAUCCCGUGGCUUCGGAUUCGUAACGUUCGAUGAUUACGACCCGGUGGAUAAAGCAAUUUUGUACAAACCGCAUCAUAUCGGAAGUAGUCGUGCUGACGUGAAGAAAGCACUCAGCAAGGAACAGAUAAACGAGACCAGGAGGAAACGUUUCGGCCGGUAUGACGGAGGGAGUAACGGAUACCCGCCGGCCCCUGCAUCGUACGGUUAUGACCAAGGCUACGGAGGUGGAUACGGUGGUAGGUCUGAAAUCUCUUCAUUGGAGCCCGCAACAGGUACUCCUGUGGGAGGCUAUGGGCAAGGGGGGUACGGUCCAAGCGGUGGCUACGGCGCGUCCGGAUAUGGUGGUGAGUGGGGUGGACACGGUGGUGGUUGGGGACAAGGCGGAAUGGGCGACGGAUUCGGGCACUACGGGGGCCAACAAGGCUAUGCCGGCGGCCCCAUGCGAUCCGGACCCCCUGGAGGAGGUUAUCCACGCAGCUCACCUUACGGAGGACUAGAUUGGCCUCGUCAGUUUGGUGUAGGCAAGGCCAGUAGCCGAGCGAAGUAUAGCCCGUCAGGUUCUAGGCCAGCCAACUGUCCGUAGCUGAGGAGGCCAGGGAUUCAAUACUUCAUCGUGUAUAUAUAUUGUCCUUAUGUGUUGACUGCGCUACAUGUGCAAUCAGGCUACUUUUUGCAAGUACUGCUGUCAAGUGAGGCGCGUCAUUGUUCCCUAGUGUUCUGUUCAUCGCGUAUCACCACUAAGGCGCGGAGCCUUCUUUUUUAUCUCAGCAUUGUGACUAGUAUUGAAGGAAAUAAAAGUGUUGAAGUCAGCUACUGUUUUCAGUUGAGUGCAGGGUAGGUUCUGCAGCAUUGUCAGACGAACGCAACACCGGUGCAUACCCAGCUAGCUUGGAGCAGGCGAAUGUCCCACAGGGAGCAUAUGAGGUUCUUUUUUGGAUAUUCUAACCAAUUUUGCUUCUCUCUGCAGAUGCAAUCCGAUAGUGAUUGCCAAGCGUUGAGCCGUUACGCACGUCACGGGGCAUGCAGGCUUAUGGGAGUAAGAUGAGGUAUUGUGUACGACUUGGUCACAAUAAACUAUGUCCACG